AAAUUGUUAAUAACACAACUUCAAUAAUAAAAUUAAAUGAUGGCAACUGAAAAGGAAAGGUUGACGUGAGAUUUCAUUUCUCGUUAAUGAUGAACAUCAUACCGAUAAUCAACGGCCCAGAUUCACUCCUCGGUUUUAGGUUCUUGUUUUAUUCAUCUCCCCAAGCCUCGCCGUUUUCCUCUCCACCUACUUGUAACCUGCUCCCAUACCCUUUCUUGCUUCUCUCCUUCUCUCUUCCACUCAGUUACAUACACAGCAUCCCAAAAAAAAAAAAGAAAAAUUAUAGUAAUAAUAAUAAUAAUAAUUAGAAGAUGUUGUUAGGGAAGAGACCUCGUCCUCCAAUGAAGAGAACUACCAGCAUGUCAGAGAUAACCUUCGAUCUCAACACAACCUUGGACGACGAUGACCAAAACAACCCCGUCAAGGGAGGACUUGGGCCGGACCCAUGGACGAAGCACCCACCGCCAGUUGGGUCGAACGGCUUAGAUCAGAGCCGGGUUCGGGCCUUGGUUUCACCCAGAAACCAUAGAAGGCAUUCGGAAGAUUCCGCACACACCCCCGAGUUUUUGCGCGUUUGCUUUCUCUGCAAACGCCGUUUAGUUCCUGGUCGUGACAUCUACAUGUACAAAGGUGACAGUGCUUUCUGCAGUUCAGAAUGCCGAGAAAACCAGAUGAAGCAGGAUGAGCGAAAGGAUAAUAAUAAGUGUGGUUUGGCAUCAAAGAAACAAGUUGCAGCUACCCCUUCUGGGUCUCAAGUUAGAAGUACCAAAGGCGAAACCGUUGUUGCCUUGUAGCUGUGGCAUCUCAGUAGGGUUGAUCCUUUCUUACCUUAUAUUAUUAGAUUUUGUGUUCAUAUACUUUGGCUUCCGCUUUGUUUUGGUUAUUUUUUCCCUUAUGUUGGAGAGUGAGUGUUUUUUUGCUUGUUAAUCAUGUACUCUAGUGAUUUCCGUGGUAGUUUGAACAUGAUGUACGUAAAAGGAAAAAAAAAUAUAUUGUAAAUGAUGGUAUGUUUUUUA